AUGUUUCUGAAAGUUUUGUUUUACAUGUGUUUUUUAUGUCCGUUAUGUUCUUUUGAGACCAUACAGAGUAAAAGGAAAAUGUUCAGGCUUGAGUUUCUAUCCAUAGACAAGUGUAAUAUACCGCAGGAGAAGAUGGACCCCACUUCUCCUAUAUCCUCCAACGUGACAAUGAGAAAGACAAAUAAGGAGACAUUGGUUAAUGUUGAAUUGAAUGUGACUCGAAGAUUUGGACCUCUACUUAUAUCCUGCAGGACUUAUGAGGUGACAGAGAAUUAUACGAGGCUCAUAUACAAUUUGGAGAAGAUUCCAUGCACCAAUACAGUCAUACAUCAAGUGCUGGCCUUCUUGAAAGUGAGGCUGGAUAGGCAAUGUUUCUCUCGACCUGGUACAUUUAAACAUCUAAAUGUUAGCGUGAAUAACUUCUCAUUUCUUUUAACGAAGGCAGUCACACAAUCCGGAAAGUGA